UGUUUCAGUAGCAGGCUCCCUUCCCACCUCAGCCAUUGGUUUCCUCACUCUCCUAUGUGAUGAAUCAAUGCUUCCAGAGCAGGGGCUUCUGAGUGACUGCGGGGACAAUUACUUCCAAAUGAACUCGUGCAUUUUAGCAGGGACCUUUCAGACCACACCCAAGGUCUCUUCUGGUGAUUAUGAAGCCAAGCCUCUGACCUUCACAUUUGUCCCCGCUGUCAGAAGACUACCAACCCACAUUCAGUGGGCUGACACUUGUAAAUUCCUUGUUAACAUUCCUGAGGAACCAAGUGAUAAGAGUCCAGAAACAGUAAAUAGGUCUAAUUCCAGGGGUUACAUGACUUUCAGCCGUGGGAGUCACCUUGAGAAGGAUCACGGGACACUGACUUACUCCUCAGGGAUCAUUGGAAGAAGUUCUCAAGCAGAAGAAUUUGAACCAAGCAAACCUCCAGGAAUGCAGCAAAGUGACCUCUUCAAAGCAGAGUAUGUUUUCAUUGUGGACUCUGAAGGAGAAGAUGAAGUCACAAGCAACAAAGGUGAACAAGGCCAUCCAGAGGACACAGGACGCAAAGCUGUCCCACCCAAGUCUCUGGAUGUUUCCAGUGUGGGCUCAGAUGUAGUGCGUCCCAAAAUAUGGGGACCUGAUCUCAAGGCUUCAUCACAUCCUCAAAUUCCUCAAGGCAUGGCCACUCAGCCAAAGGAAGGGCAGCUAACUUCUCCCACUACCUCUGAGCAACUUGCCUGUAAACCACCUACUUUCUCCUUUGUUUCUUCAACUAAUCAGAAAAUGCCACCUGUCCCAGCUAACUUGAAAGGAGCCUCUGUGCUAGAGCAAUCCCACAGUAGGAGGCUGGAUGUCAGCGGGGCCCUGCUGGAAGAAACUGCUGUGUGUUUUCAAAGUACCACUCACUUGCCACUCUUUUCUGAACUGACGGGCUCCUCAGUAUUAUCACUUUCCUCUUCCACUCAGCCACCAGGAUCUAAUUUAUCUGGUUCAAAGAUAGCUGCCCAGACACCUGGACAGACACCGGAAGCACUGAAGAUGACAGCACCACCCUCACAUGUCCUUGACCCCGGAGAAAAGUUGAGAAGCUCAUCUCUUUCUUCCUCUGACACUUCUCUGAAGUCAAAUCCAGCUUCCUACAUACCAGUCCGUAUUGUCAUGCACUCGCUCUCUCCAAGUCCUAAACCGUUCACCACCUCUUUCCAUGGCUCUUUACCUACUGUCUGUAGCCAAACGUCGUCUAGUGGAAACCUUUCAAAGUCAGGAGCAAAAUCCCCUGUGCCUUCGCGCCUUUCCCUCCUCACUGCCAUGCUCAAGUCAAACCCGUCUCACCAAAGACCUUUGUCUCCUGCUUCCUGCCCCACCUUUUCUCUCAACUCUCUGGCCUCUUCCACUCUCACACUUGAUCAGAAAGUGCAGCCAACGUCACCCACACCUAAAAAGUCUCUCUCAAGUAGCUCCUUGGGAGUCCAGUCCCCAGAGAAAGGAGAACACUGGGCGGAUUCUGCAAUGACUCAGCAAUCCUGCCACCUGCCUUUCUUUACCAAGCCUACGCCCCUUUCUCAGGGGUCCUUACUCUCUGCUCCAGCACCUGGCAAUAGCAGCCUUGCUUCUUUGAAUGUAGAGAAGAUGCCAUCACCGGCUUCUAAGAGCAAUGUGAGGCUCUUCCCACUACAAACCAAUACAAUUCCUCCUGUUGUAUCAAGCUCUUCUCUUUCUUCUUCAAAAGCCAGGCAGGAUGGUGACUUUAGGGGUCCAGAAAAGCCCAGGGACGUUUACACAUGUCCUUCUACACUACCCUCCUGUGCCAUAUCUUCUACAUCUCCUAUUAAUGAGAGCACCGCCCUUUCUUCUCCUGAAAAACAUUUCCAUCCUUCCCCCGGCCUCUCAGACCUCAUAGACAGGUCCAAAAGAGUGUCCUGUCCACAGAGAUCAAGCCCGGAGUUAAAUCCGUCAGUUCUUCCUUCACCUGUUUCCAGCGCUGGCUCUGCUUCUCUUCCCAACUUUCAGUCCUCCACUCUUCCUCCCACCAAUCUGACCACUCAGGCUUGCCAGCACAAUCUUUCGGCCCUCUACCCAGAUCACGGCAAUGUCACAUUGUCUUCAAGAACCGGGAGAUCUGAGAAUACCUUGUCCAGCCACCAGUCACCUGCCUCAGCCCCAUCACUUCCCAUUUCUCUGGCAAGAACCAAGGAAUUGCUUUCACCUUGUGCGCUGUCCAUGACAACAGGCCUUGAAAAUAAGAAACCCAAGCAAUACAAGACCAUGCCAAGCUACAAGGCUUUUGCAGCAAUUCCCACAAACACGUUGCUUUUGGAACAGAAGGCACUAGACGAACCAGCUAGCAGUGACAGUGUCUCCAAGGCCAGCACAUUAGAUCUACCUGUGGAGCACUCUUCUGAUUCUCCUUCGAGGUCCCGACAGAUAUUGUUGGGUUCUGAAACAAUCAAAGCUCCUACAACUCUCCCAAGAGCACCUGGUAGAGAAACCAAAUAUGCAAAUCUGUCUUCACCUUCUACAUUGUCUGAGAAUCAACUGACUAAGCCUGGCGUAAUUCGUCCAGUGCCUAUAAAAUCCAAGCCAUCACUGAAGAAGGAGGAGGAAGUGUAUGAGCCUAAUCCCUUCAGUAAAUACCUUGAAGAAAACAGCGACCUCUUUUCUGAGCAGGAUGUGACUGUCCCUCACAAGCCUGUUUCCCUCCAUCCUUUAUAUCAGACUAAACUCUACCCUCCUGCCAAGUCCUUGCUGCAUCCACAGACCCUCUCACAUGCUGACUGUCUUACUCCAGGACCCUUCAGUCAUUUGUCCUCUUUCUCACUGAGGGAUGAACAGGAGAAUUCUCCUACCCUUCUUAGCCAGAAUGCUUACAAUAAGCUGGGGCAUCCAAUGGUGGCUAUUCCUGAACAUGAAUCUCUUGAUUCUAAAGAGUAAUGAAGUUGGAGCAGAAGUGAAAACACAGGCUGUAGAAGAUGUAUGGAAUGCUGUUGUUAACCACUUGCUAGAUUUAACUCAUCUUUUUGAGAAUGAGCUAUAGUACAUCAGAGAAGCUAAAAAAUGUUUGCUGCUGACAUACAUCACAGUCUACUACGAAACCUAGAAUAGGAGAGAUUUACCUGCAGCUUUUCACACUGCUGCUCAAGCCUUUAAUGCCUUCUAAUAAGCUGACAGCAAUACAAAUACCCCUACAUCUAGUAACUAAAUAAAGAAGAACCAUAGGUCAAUACAAAAUGGCUAUGAUUAUUGUUUUCAAACACCGGUUUUAUGUAGUGCAUAUAUAUAGCUAACUGAGUCAGAUUCUAAUAGUUUUGCUUCAGUCAUACACAUUGAAAGGGAAAAUAACAUCUUUUUAAAAGAAUCUGUGUAUCCACCUGUUUUCAGAGGAAAAAAAAUGAGAAAAUUGGUAUUGUACAUAUCACAUGAUGUCUUUCUAAAGUAUUGAGUUUCUUUAAGGGCAGACUUUGUACUGGACACUACAAGGAUGAUGUCCAGUAUGUCGCUGACAUGUCUUGAAUAACCAUCUCUCUGCACAUGGCUUAUGGUUCAUCAUUCUGAAUGGUACUUCACAGUUCAUUUGUUCUUAUAAUCUUGGGAACACUAAAAAGUCAAUAGAGCAAACCCACAAUGGGGUGACAGUACUGGGAGCCCAGCAGAAUCACACCUGAUGCCUAUUAUUUAGUUCCUCAUCAUCAUCCAAGUACUUGGUCUUAGUGUGCUCUAGUGAUUUCCUUCUGUGUACUGGGGAAGCCUAGGAUAAUACCCACCAAGGAAGAUCCCACAGCAGUUCCCAACAGUGAACUUACAAAGAUGGACACAUCUAUAUGGUUCAGUCAAACUAGUAAGUGGGAAAGACAGACAUACAGGUAAUCUGAGUCUAAGAUCUUUGUUCAUUCAUUCAUUCAGAUUUUUGAUUCAUUUAUUUAUGUGUAUGCCUAUGUGUUUCUGUGUGUAGAUGGGUGGGUACGCAUGUUACAGUGAGCAUAUGGAGGUGAGAGAAUAACUCUCAGGAGUCUGUUCUCCAUCUUGAGUAUCCUUUGCUGGUGCAAAUGAUCUGCCAUACUGGAAAUGAACAUCAGACUAACUGGAUCAUGAGCUUUGGAUUCUCCUGGCCCCAACUCCUGUGGUCAUAGUGCAUUGGGAUGACAGAUGUAUGUGCCACUUUGCAUAUGGAUGAAGAAUUGAACCUGGGCUGGCAGACUUUGCAAGCAAGCACCUUGUGCAUUUCCCCCAGCCAUCAAUUGUUCACUUUUUCCUCAUUUAUAAGUUGUUGACUUUAUCAUACUAUCCAGAUCAUGGCUAAUUAUGCUCAUAAGUUCUGGAAAAUCCUCUUUUGUGUAUAUUUUUUAAUUUAUGACUAGUAUUUGUAAUUAUUUCUAUUUCACUUGCUGGUGGCAAAUACUUUCAUAUGUUUUAUGUUUAUUUUUGCUUACACAUGUUUUGAAGGUGUGAACUGUUUCAAUGGAACCUGUCUUUAAUAAACAUAAAGGAUAUUGCUUA